CACAUCUUGUGCUUCCGGUCAUUUGAGCAUUAUAGACUCAAGAUUUUUUGUGAUUUAACGAAAUGUUACAGAGGCUUUUAAUAACCUGAGACGAUGGUGCCAAAGACAGAGUCUCUACAAAUCAUUACAGAAAGCUGCAGCAAUACUCACAGAAUAAAAUGUGAAUAAAAUGUGAAAAUGUACAAUUAUUGAGAAUGAAUUGCGCUUCAGGAAAAAAUGAGAAGCGGCCAAGCAAAAAGGGGAAAAGACCUUCGAAGAAGCGAAAGGGCAAUGGUGAUGAGACUGAGGAUUUAGAAGGUGAGAAAAGGGAAUCGGUAAGAGAGCCUGACGAAGAGACAAAGACCAGUGAAGUUGACAGGAGAAUUAGUGAGCGCAGAAAGGAUAAUAGAGAAACACAUGGCCAUAUGGAGCAUGCUAGCACCACAGAUAAGAGUACCAUUGAUACAACAUCACCAAAGAAUACAGUUGUUGAUGAGACAAUACCAAAGAGAUCACAUAUUGAUCAAAAUGAGCUGGUUGAGUCAAAAAUUGGACCUGAGUGUGAUCCUAUAACUUUUAUUUGUACCACUGAUAGGGAUACUGAUGAACAGAAAAUGUUUAGUCCUGUAAUUACGUUUGGAGAAAUCGGAGAAUCAACAGAUUUCAUAGAUGGUGAGGAACCUGCUUUAGAAACAAUUGAAGAUCAGACAAUUGAUAAAUCAACGUGUGUUGUUGAUUGUGUGGAAGUCCAUGAGAAAUUGGACUUCGUAAAAGAGGUUGAGAAAGAUGAAGGUCUGGAAGUAAUAGAGACUUCCAAUGAAGAUAACAAUAAUGACAAUCAGUACAGAGAAGUGAUUGUUAAAGAUAGCAAAAAGUUGGAUGAAAGUUCAAAUGCUGUAACAAUUAAAGACACAAAACGUAGAGUUAGUGAAGGAGAAAGUGAUGAUGAGGAUGGUGCAAUUUAUAUAAAAAUGAGACAACAUGUAGAUAUUCUAAAUACAGAUAAUUUGCACAGUAUUAACAAUCAUGCAGAAAUAUACAAUCACCAAACAGACACUGUAAAUGCAACUGUGAAAGAUGGUCUAAACUCAGAGAAUACAGACAAAUCCACAAAUGAAACUUGCGAGCAAAAGUGGCAAUCAAAGGAUAAGAGACUUUCUGACAUUGCAGAAACAAAGGCAGAUUUUGAGGAUGCUAAAUGCGAAAGUGAAAGUGAAAAUGAAGACGAAAAAAAAGAGCAUGAAGUUAUUCAUGAGAUUGAGACAAAUGAAGAGCUUCCCUUCAGUCGACACGUAGACAGAUCGGCAAUUGCUAGAGUUCUGAUAGAACACGCCGAACACAUUAAUGAAGGACAUGAUGUCGAAGUGGGAGAAGAAAUAAUUGUGCAAUAUCUAAUAAAGAUGGACCGGAAACGCUUGAAGAAGGUUCUAAGGCCAGCAGCAUGGUCGUUGAACCACAAGAUACGGAAAGUGCUGUGGUAUAAGAUGUGUCAUUACCUGUACAGGGCCGAUGACAGUGACAUAUAUGCGGAAUACGUGCGGGAACUUUUUCCUAAAGAGGACCAGCCUGACAUUCGGAUUCCCGCAUUCGUCGACCCCAAGCAUGUGUACAGUUUCCACCUGAACAAAGGUGGUAUCCGCACGGCCCACAAGAUCCUUUGUGUGGUAGAGCACAUGUGCCCAGACAUCAUCAACAGCCCCCUGCUGUACUCCAUCACGUGUCUGUUCCUGCACUUCAUGGGAGCCUCACAGUGUUACAGCUGUGUGUACGCUAUGCUGCGAGACAGGGACUCCAAGUAUUUGCCGACCACCAAGGUCUCGUUCGAGGCGUCCAAGUUGGUCAUUCGUGACCUCGCCAAGAAGUAUGCGAAGUCUGGAUACUCAUACAUGGUUCGAAAUGUUGGAAACAUCGAUCAGGUGUUUGAUUCUUGGUUGUGGUGGGUCUUUGAGGAUCUUCCAAUCACAUAUCUAGUCCACAUUGUUGAUUGCUACCUUCACGAAGGAAUCAAAGUCAUAUACAGGGUGGUUCUUUCUAUCAUCAUACACUUCUAUAAACAUUCAGGCGAUGAUAAUUGUUUUGCAGGUAAGAGGUCUGGUCAGCGACUGGAAGGCAGCACAGUUGUACACAGCCUUCGAGAAUUCUGUAGAGACAUGCCCGUCAGAAUAGACAAGCUACUCAAGGCUGGCUUUUCUUUGCGCGGCUUCAGUCGCAAGGAAAUCAAGCGUCUGCAAAUCAAGCAUGAGAUGUACAUUACGAGUACCAAGAACAUCUCCGCGCUACAGGACGCCCUUCAGGAGAAACCGCUUGGCAGCCUGCCAAUGUCACGGUCAUUCAGUGGCCCAAUGGUCCUGCAGAGUUUUCCCUCGAACAUGGUCACAUCUGAUAUGCAUUCGAAGGAGCUGAAACGCACAUAUUCUGCCGGUGCCAUGAGUCCAUUGCCCAGCUUUCCUCAAGUCAAUUACUCGUCCCUGUUAGACAGGGCCAGUUUGUACGCUGUGUGGACGUGGCUGCCCAAUCGGUUCUCGGUGUGUCAGCCUGAGUUACUGUACACUACAGAGGAACACGGAACCAGCCUGGUUACCCUGUACCAGCGGGUGGAGAACCAUCAACCAACUGUCAUAGUCAUCAAAACUACCAAUGAUGAGAUAUUUGGUGCGUUCUGCUCGGCUGACUGGAGCGAUCGCAGGCAGAAGAGUUCGCUGCUGUCCUACUUCGGGACGGGCGAAACAUUUAUUUUCACACUGUACCCUAUCAAACAGAAGUACGAGUGGGUGGGGCUGAAGGACGAGAACAUACCAAACACCGCAAACAUGUUCCAGGCGGGAGACAACUCCAUCUUGACUAUUGGAGGAGGGCACGGGGAGGCCAUAUUCCUUGACGAGAACUUACUCCACUGUCGCAGUGAGAAGUGUGACACAUUUAACAAUGAGCCGCUAAGUCAAAGUGAGGACUUCAAGUGCAAGGUUGUCGAGGUGUACGGUCUCUCGUAGAGUUUUCUAGGACUUCAAAUGGAAAGUUGUCAAGGUUUAUGGACUAUCCUAGAGUUUUUGAGGAUUCCAGUAGAGUUUUAGGACUGCAGUAGAGUUUUGAGAACUUUAGUUUAGUUUUGAAGGACUUCAGUUAAGUUUCAAGGACUUCAGUACAGUUUUCAAGGACUGCUGUAGAGUUUUCAAGGCCUGAAGUAGAGUUUUCAAGGACUUCAGAUGAGUUUUCAAGGAGUGCAGUAGAGUUUUCAAGGACUUCAGUAGAGUCUUCAAGGACUUCAAAUGCAAAGUUGUUGAGGUUUGCAGACUCUAGUAGAGUUUUCAAGGUCUGAAAAUGCAAAUUUAUAGAGAUUUGUAGACUCUGUAGAGGUUUGAAGGACUUUAAGUGCAAAGUUUUGAGGUUCAUAGACUCUUGUAGAGUUGUCAAGGUCUUUAAAUUCAAAGUUUUGAGGUUUAUGGACUCAUGAAGAGAUUUCAAGGACUUAAAGUUGUUGAGGUUUAAUUAGGUGUAACUUCAUUCCAAAACUGUUUAGGUUUAUAAAUUCUCAUGCAAUUCAGAUGCAAAGGUGUCCAUAGAAUGCUAUCUAUCCUGCCUACGUUCUUGAAGAGGCCUGUCCAUAGAAUGUGAUCUAUCCUGCCUACUUUCUUGAAAAGGCGUGUCCUUAGAUUGUGAUCUAACCUGCUUAUGUUCUUGAAGAGGUGUGACAGAAACUGGAUACAAACAAAACUGGUUGCUUCAGUAUGAUGUCAUUAAUGUUCUUCGCUUCAAAUGUUAACUUUAACAGAAUAAAUCGUCCCAAGUGGAACAAUUCAUAUUGUCACAGUUCAAUGAUUGCAUUUAUUUUUAAGGUCAGGAUUUAUUGACCUUUGUUUUAAAUUACAUAAGGCUAAAGCCUUUUGAUUGGAGGUUCUCUUUCACUCUCAAAUAAUUCGAUCAACAAUAAUUCCCACUGUACCCUGUUUACAACAAUGCAUCGGUUGGGGAUAAAAUGCUUCUUGUGAUAGCUUCUUGUUUGAAUGAUUUGUGACCUUAAUUGUUUAAGAAACAAUAUAUUUUGCCAAACUGACGAGUUCUGUGUUUUACUUAGAAGAUAUUUGUUCCUAUGUUUAACUUGGGGUAUUUAUUUUCCCUGUAACAUUUGAUGCAUGUAUUGUUUUAUACUCUUAACAUUCUGUACAAAUCAAUUAUCGUGACAUUCCUGUAGGUUUGGAGAUUAUUAAGUUAUAUGUUAUAAAGCUGACAAUUUAUUAUUUGCAAAUAUGUGUAAUGCGCACCAACUUUUUAAAAUUAAAAUUUCAGGUAAAAAACUGCACAUAAUACAUUGUUAAGUAUGAAUGAGCUAAGACUGUGUCUGCAUGUAGUGUUUCUUACUAAAUGUGUGCAAUAAUAUGAGGUCUGUUGCUUUCUCUUUAAAGUUCAACUUUAGGUUGAGAAUAUAGAUUAUGGUAAAAACAUUGAAGCAACUGUAUAAAGUGUGGUCUAAAAUCAGUAUUUAAAAAACCUGGUCUGUCUGGUCCAUGAUUGCCUUUCUGUAUGACAGUUAUAGCCAAGUAAGACUGUUAAAGUACUUAUAUUUGUUGACAUGAUUUUUCAACUAAAUGUCUUUGUCCAAAAAUUGUUUUGCAUUAAGCCUGUAAAACUAAGAAUAUUAAAGGCAGUGCAGUGUGUUAUUGAGGAUAUCAUAAUGUUUUUGACAGAGCAAUAAUUUGCCUUGAAAUAAUUUACUUUCAUUGAAGUCUGUAUGUGUUUAGUGGUUGGCUGUCUUUAAACUAUGCAGUUAUCAUAAUCAUCAUUUUUCCAUAAUGUGCAAUUGUGUUUUUAGGGCAUUUUUAUAGGGUUUUAUUUAUUUUAAACCAAAAUGGUUAAAUAUCUUAUGAGAUUUUAAUGGUCUGCUUUAAAGCUAUCGGCGCAUUUUGGAAACAGAUGAGAAUUUUCCAGAACGAUGCCAAUAAAUCUCAAUUCUGUUUCAUUUUAAAUGUAAGGGCAUGAAAGUUUUUAUGGUAGAUAACGUCUUGGUAAUAAUUUUCCAGGGAAAAAACUAAAAUUACCUCAAAAUGCUUUUGUUUUGUUUUAAAUUUUAAUUUAAGGUGUUUUCAGAGUUAAAUUAUACCAUAAGAAUAUUUUAUUUCAUUUCAUUUUUUACCUCUGUUAACAACAUUUAAUCUGAUAUUACUAUCUGUUUAAUGUACAAUAAGAAUUGAACAAAAAACGAUUGUAUGCAUGUUUUCAUUUCAGUACAGAUAAUAGUGGUGUUUCUUAUAGCUGGAAAGUUUUGAGUUUCAUGUUGUUUAUAUUAUGUCCUACUAUUCAUUUAAUUUCAUUUGAUUUAAUGUGAUAUAAUGUUACCAUUUAUUAUUAAACUAAAUAUCAAUUCCUUCUAAAGUGGAUGUGAUAUUUAUUUGUGUAAACUUAUGUUUAAAUAAUAACAAACUGUUUGUGCUUUAGCUAAUCAUUUUCCCCCAAGGACAACUGUUAUUAUUUGAUUGAUACACCCAGUGUUUGAAACCCUUUGGAAAACAAUUAAUCCUCAAUUUAAAAUAAGUCUUAUGAACUUUAAAAGUGUUAUUGUAAACACAUUCCCUGGGUUUGGAAUAAAUCAGUGUUUUUUUACCUGUAAGGUCAUGUUUCCAUUCCGCAUAUAUUGCAAUAUUUAUUUAUAUGGUGAAUACUCUUUAGCAUUUAAUUACUCUAAACUUCUCAAGGACUUAAACCGAAUGAACCCUCAUGAAACUUGAAAAAAGAGAUUUUAUUUGUCUUAGUCUCCCAUACUGAUUGCCCAUGUUUUAUGAUAAAAUAUCAUUUUUGUCUGAACAUAAGUCAAUAUGUUUUUCCUCUUAUGUAAUUGUAAUAAAGUUAAUUAAUGAUUAAGUUCACAACUCCAGCCUUACUUAUUAUGCCCCCCCCCCCUUCGAAGAAGAGGGGGUAUAUUGUUUUGCACAUGUUGGUUGGUCGGUCGUUCUGUCCAUCUGUCUGUCCACCAAAUGGUUUCCGGAUGAUAUCUCAAAAACGCUUACGCCUAGGAUCAUGAAACUUCAUAGGUACAUUGAUCAUGACUCGCAGAUGACCCCUAUUGAUUUCAGGUCACUAGGUCAAAGGUCAAAGUCAUGGUGACUAACCAGUAAAAUGGUUUACGGAUGAUAACUCAAGAACGCUUAAGCCUAGGAUCAUGAAACUUUAUAGGUACAUUGAUCAUGACUCGCAGAUGACCCCUAUUGAUUUUCAGGUCACUAGGUCAAGGUCACGGUGACUCGACACAGAAAAAUGGUUUCCGAAUGAUAACUCAAGAAUGCUUACGCAUUGGAUCAUGAAACUUCAUAGGUACAUUGAUCAUGACUCGCAGAUGACCCCUAUUGAUUUUCAGGUCACUAGGUCAAAGGUCAAGGUCAUGGUGAAUCAACACAGUUAAAUGGUUUCCGGAUGAUAACUCAAGAACGCUUAAACCUAGGAUCAUGAAACUUCAUAGGUACAUUGAUCAUCACUGGCAGAUGACGCCUAUUAAUUUUCAGGUCACUAGAUCAAAGGUCAAGGUCACGGUGACUCGAACCAGUAAAAUGGUUUCCGGAUGAUAACUCAACAACACUUAUGCCUAGGAUCAUGAAACUUCAUAGGCUUAUUGAUGAUGACUCGCACAUGACCCCUAUUGAUUUUCAGGUCACUAGGUCAAAGGUCAAGGUCACAGUGACAAAAAAUGUAUUCACACAAUGGCUGCCUCAACAACUGACAGCCCAUAUGGGGGGCAUGCAUGUAUUACAAACAGCCCUUGUUUCAAGGAUUAUUUUGCAAUUAUAAGCACAAGUAUACAAGAGCAUUAGUUUAAAUAAUGACAUGUGAAUGGUCUAUUAUUCACAUAACUAAGAAUUUAAACUUUAUUAAAUGUACAUGUGUAUUUGUGAAUAAUCCAUCUCAUACCCAGUGAAUGUUUUGUUUUUGUAACUAUGCUUAUAUUGUGUUUCUAAGUAUACUUACAAAAACAUUCAUAUUGAUAUCAUGUUUAUAUAUUAACAUACUAUUUCUUUAUGUGUCUUUGAAUAUGAAUACAUGUUUUGUGUCAGACAAUUUAAGUAUGAGAAAGGCUAACAAAGGCGACACAGUUAUUCACAUAUUCUAAGGUAAUGGUUAAUUAUUAUUAUUAUCUCUUAUUGACUUAAAAAAAUGGUUUCAAUUUUGGUGUUUUAAUAGUUACCUAGCAUUAAUUGGCGUCAAUAAAUGACUAUAUCAGCAACCUGUACUUAGUCAAGCUAUCAGCUUUUAAGUUUUAUAUUUCAAUCGUUAAAAACUUAUUUAUGGGUGAACCUUGUUUAAAUAUAAAUUUCCCCUUAAAAUUAACUUUAUUUUAGAUUUUUUAGGAACUUGAUUGAUAUUGUCUGUGCAUUAAAACAUGAAUUUUUACUUGUUUGCUGAAAUCUACUAGUCAUUUGUUUGUAAACCGUGUUUAGAGAUUAGAUGUUUCGUAAUUUGUUUGUUAACCGUAUUCGGAGAUGAGAUGUUUCAAGGAAGUGCUGGUUCUUAUGUGUUAUACAGGUAUUUUGCGUAGGAUUAAGGGAACUGUGUUACAAUAAGUUGCUCUGUGUUCGACUUGUUUGUAUAUUGACAAGUGUUUAAUGUUUUAAAUAAUUUAUGUUCGUUGGCGUUAAAUUUUGUUUUUUAUCAAAAGAUGUCUUUUAUGGACAUGUAAGUUUGGGGAAUGCUCAU